AUGAAACUUCAAUUAUUUAGUAGCAAGGAGAAAGAAAAUGUCUUUUUGGAUUUAGAGCCGGGUCAAACUAUCAAUAUUUAUCUUUGCGGUCCAACCGUUUAUGACCAUAUUCACAUUGGUAAUUUACGACCAGUCAUUAUUUUUGACAUUCUUCACCGCUUAUUAUUGCAUCUAAACAUUAAAGUUAAUUAUGUUCAAAAUAUUACUGAUAUUGAUGACAAAAUAAUAGUUAGGGCUAAUAAGGAAAAAAAAACCGAAAAAAAGGUUAGCGAUCAUUAUACUAAUGCUUAUUUAGCUAAUCUAAUCCGCUAUAAUAUUUUGUUACCUUCUGCUUUGCCCCGAGUGACCAAUUACAUUUCUGAAAUUCAAGAAUUUAUUUUUUCCCUCGUUGAAAAAAAAAUUGCUUAUCAGCAAAAUAAUGAAGUUCUUUUUCGGAUUGGAGUAAAUAAGGAUUACGGAAAACUUUCCAAGCAAAAUCUAGAAAAACUAAAACCAGGCACCCGCGAAAUUAACAAAACUAGCAAGGAAAGCGAACUUGACUUUGUGCUUUGA